AUGCGGGCUAGUUUAAUCGAAAAAGGCAUAGCUCAACCAGUGCUACCAGUUGCUCAUUUUGACCAAUCAGAUAGGACGGUUCCUCCGCCACCACCUCUCCCAAUCCCAUUACCACCACCUCUACCUCCACCGAGAAACAGUAAAGCUAGUGAAAAUGUGUAUCAUAACGAAAUAACAAAACAUCCACAGAUAAGAGAUGUCGAUUGUCAAACAACACAGAGUCUCCAAAGAGCAGUUAAACCACAAACACAGCUUGUUCAACACGAAAUAAGACAACAAGAAAUAACUGUUUAUUACGACCAAGCACCAUUUUUCGAACGUUUUUGUAUGUACCAAGGAUAUAAUCCAAAAGAUAUGAAACCAUAUCCAGUAACAUUUGAACCCUCAGUGAUGUGUAUCCAUGACAACGAUUCUAAAACAUACGAAUCUAUCCAACCAAGUAACGAUUCCUCCUCCUGCACAGAAGAGUUUAUGUCAAUCGAUGAUGUGACGUGUGACGAAAUUAAGAAACAUUGCUGUUAUUAUAUAUUUUGUUGUGGUAUCUGUUGUGAUUAGAGAGUUAUAUAAAAGUAGAAUAUUGCCUUGAAACAGAAACAGUUCAUGUUUAACGAGAUGUCAUCAAACUACACAAAGUCCACUUGACCAUCGAUUGCAUAUUUUUUGAGAGUGAAGAUAAAAAAAAAAGACAUGAGUAAUAGCUGUUGGCAUUAUAUUUUAUUAUUACUUUGACCAAUCGGAAACCAUACUAGAUAUAUUGAAUAUGAUUGAAAAUGUCAGUCAAAUAUUUAAUAAAAGUCUAAAAAAAAACCACAAAAAAAACCACAAUUAAAUCGCACAUAAUCUGACUUAAAAUUUAGGUCGUUAGUUCUAGGGAGGGGUUUACAUCCUUUCCAGUCAAGUUAACUAUUUAAUUGACAAAACAAACGAUUACAUUAAGAACCGUAAAUUUUGUACGUACA